AUGGACAACUACCAGAGAAUCGAAAAGAUCGGCGAAGGCACAUACGGUGUCGUAUACAAGGCCAAGGACCUCACGCCAGGCGCCAACGGUCGUAUCGUCGCGCUCAAAAAGAUCCGUCUCGAAGCCGAAGAUGAGGGCGUUCCUUCAACAGCUAUUCGCGAGAUCUCGCUACUCAAGGAGCUCCGCGACGAUAACAUCGUCCGCCUCUUUGACAUUGUUCACCAGGAAAGCAAGCUCUACCUCGUCUUCGAAUUCCUCGACAUGGAUCUGCGCAAAUACAUGGACAACGUAUCACGGAACCGCGGUGGCGAUGGUAUGGGUCCCGAGAUCGUUCGCAAGUUCACCUACCAGCUCAUCCGUGGUCUCUACUACUGCCACGCCCACCGCAUUCUGCAUCGCGACUUGAAGCCCCAAAACCUGCUCAUCGACAAGGAGGGCAACCUCAAGCUCGCCGAUUUCGGUCUUGCCCGAGCCUUCGGUAUCCCUCUCCGCACCUACACACACGAGGUCGUCACGCUCUGGUACCGAGCUCCCGAAGUGCUGCUCGGUUCGCGUCACUACAGCACCGCCAUCGACAUGUGGUCCGUCGGCUGCAUCUUUGCCGAGAUGGCCAUGCGACACCCUCUCUUCCCAGGAGACUCGGAGAUCGAUGAGAUCUUCAAGAUCUUCCGCACGCUGGGCACGCCCACGGACGACAUCUGGCCCGGCGUACAGCAGCUGCCAGACUACAAGGACAGCUUCCCCAAGUGGUCCGGCAGACCCCUGCGCGACGCCGUCAAGGGUUUGGACGAAGCAGGACUCGAUCUGCUCGAAGGAAUGCUCGUCUACGAUCCUGCAGGAAGGACAUCAGCAAAGCGCAGUCUCGUUCACCCCUACUUUAGGCAAUUGCUCGCAUGA